AUGGUCCGCUUUGUUACCGAUUCACGCAUAGCUCCAACGGGGACCCCUUCCCUCCGCGUCAUCGGAGCCGGGCUCCCUCGCACCGCAACAUCAUCACUCCAAGCAGCCCUAGAACAAUUGGGCUUCGACCCAUGCUUGCAUAUGGCACAGAUUAUUCCACAUGCUAAUAGACAACAACUUCUUCUUGACGCAUCCCGUGAAAAAGAUACCGCUCGGCGACAAAAGCUCAUUCAUCAGCUCGUGGACGGCUAUGCCGCGGUAUGCGACAUGCCAGCUAUUUUUUUCCUCCCGGAUUUGAUGGACAUGUUCCCCGACGCAAAGGUGGUCCUCAGUAGCCGACCCAAUGCCGAAACUUGGGCUAAGAGCUGCUUCGACAGUUUGAGCUUUUUCUUCAGCCCUUGGUUCUAUGGAUGUGGGUUGUUGUGGAAGACGGAUCGAUUGUGGUAUCAACUUAAUAUGCGUAUUAUUGACUGGUGUGAUGAGACUUAUGAUCUUCGGGAUAAAAAUAUUUUCACUGCUUCGAUGUAUGAGCAGUAUAAUGAUUCGGUGAGGAUGGCUGUGCAGGAGAGGGGACGCUCGCAUCUAGAGUUCAAAGCGGAGGAUGGCUGGGGCCCGUUGUGCGCAUUCUUGGAAAAGGAUGUUCCAGGAACAGAGUUCCCUAAGAUGAACGAGAAGAAGACAUUUGCGAUUAUCAAGGGCAUUAUGGUCACGAAAGGUGUCCUGAGCUGGGUGGCAGUUGGAGGAGCUGCCUGGUUUGGGUGGAGAUACGCUUUUUCUCUCUGGAAAUGA